ACGGUCGGUGGAGGAGGCACCAGCCCCAGCAGCCCUGCGCAUCAGACAGAUUUCAUUCAGCGAGCAACUGCUCCGAGGACAACAACACACUACCUCCAUUCUGUCCCGUGCUGCUGCUCUGCUGUGGAACAAAGAAAACCAGCAUUUAACAAAGAGCCAUAACAAGCAACGCCACAAUGGGAGUCUAAACCGGACGGGAUUCACGUUUUGUUUUUGUAGAUUUGGACUGUACUCGCAGGUUUUGCUUAUUGACUUGUGAUGAUAUUUUGGCCGUAGGUGCGCCGCGUGAACAGCGGAUGGACAACAUGUCCGUAACCAGAGGCGUCCAGUCCGCGCCGGUGAUGCCGGCAGGGCGGUCUUUAGUUUCGUCCAUGCCGUCCCCCAACCGAGUCCCCACGUGGCACUAGAAGCCGAGGCCCCCUCUUCCUCCGCCUCCCCUUCCUCUCACCCGGCUGUGCCAUGACGUCGUCGGACAGCGACGAGACCGGCAGCGAUCUCUCGGAAUCGCCGGAGAUCCUCCGGCUCCAGGACCGGUACGUGGACUCGGAAGGCUGCUUCAAGUCCAAGAGCCUACCCAUCUUGAACGGGCCCCGCCGGACGGACCGCAAGGCCGCCGUUGACGUGGACGAGGGCCGCCAGCUCCGGCCUCAACCCCCCGAGUCGCCCUCCUCCAGGACGGACUUCUCGCCGUCUGUGUCCAGCAUGGUGGGGCUCAGCAGCGGCCUACCCGUGGACCCCCGCGGGGCGGCCGGGGGCAAGAAAGUCGGCUUGACCCUGUCCCGCCUUAUCCGCGUCCCGGCCAGGAAGUAUGUGCGCGUUAUCCUCAGAGAUUCGCGCUGCUUCCUGUUCUGCAUGUGCUACCUGACGUUUAUCCAGUCCCUGAUGGUUUCGGGCUACCUGAGCAGCGUCAUCACCACCAUCGAGAAGCGCUACAGCCUCCGCAGCUCCGAGUCGGGCCUGCUGGUCAGCUGCUUCGACAUCGGCAGCUUGCUGGUGGUGGUCUUCAUCUCGUAUUUCGGCGGCCGGGGCCAGAGGCCGCGCUGGCUGGCCGUCGGCGGCGUGGUCAUCGCCGUGGGGGCGGCGCUCUUCUCCCUGCCCCACUUCAUCUCGCCGCCCUACCAGAUCCAAGAGAUGAACGCGUCGGCGGCCCACGAAGGGCUCUGUCUCGGCGGCGGCCGGGAGGCGACCGACGCGGCCUCGUGCCCUCGCGACCCCGAAGGCAACGGACACGACCUCUACGUGGCUCUGUUCAUCUGCGCCCAGAUACUGGUGGGCAUGGGCUCCACGCCCAUCUACACCCUGGGGCCCACCUACCUGGAUGACAACGUCAAGAAGGAGAACGCGUCUCUCUACCUGGCCGUCAUGUACGUGAUGGGAGCCCUGGGCCCGGCGGCCGGUUACCUGCUGGGAGGCGUCCUCAUCGGCUUCUACGUGGACCCCAAAACCGUGGUCAACAUCGACCAAAGCGACCCUCGCUUUGUCGGCAACUGGUGGAGCGGCUUCUUGCUGUGCGCCGUCGCCAUGCUCCUGGUCAUCUUUCCCAUGUUCGCCUUCCCCAAGAAGUUGCCGCCGCGCCACAAGAAGAGGAAGAAAAAGACGGGCUCGUCGCCCGGCGGGCUGUCCGGCGAAGACGGCGUCAUGAAGGAGAAGUCUGGCAGCAAGGGCAAGAACGUCUCCUCCUCCAUCGGCUUCGGGAAAGACAUCAAGGACCUCCCCGAGGCGGCGCUGAGGAUCCUCAGCAACGUGACCUUCCUGUUCGUCAGCCUGUCCUACACGGCCGAGUGCGCCAUCGUCACCGCCUUCAUCACCUUCAUCCCCAAGUUCAUCGAGUCCCAGUUCGGCAUCCCCGCCUCCAACGCCAGCAUAUACACGGGUCUGAUCAUCGUGCCCAGCGCGGGCGUGGGCAUCGUGCUGGGCGGCUACAUCAUCAAGAAGCUGAAGCUGGGCGCCCGCGAGUCGGCCAAGCUCGCCAUGAUCUGCAGCGGCGUGUCGCUGCUUUGCUUCUCCACGCUCUUCAUCGUGGGCUGCGAGAGCAUCAACCUGGGAGGCAUCAACAUACCCUACACCACCGGUCCGACGCUGACGCUGACGCAGAGGAAUCUGACGGGAAGCUGCAACGUCAACUGCGGCUGCCGCAUCCACGAGUACGCGCCCGUGUGCGGCUCCGACGGCAUCACCUACUUCAACCCCUGCCUGGCCGGCUGCAGCGCCGUCGGCAACGACAGCAGCGGGAUGAGGAACUACACGGAGUGCGGCUGCGUGCAGAGCCGGCAGGUCAUCACGCCGCAGUCGGGCGGCGGCCCCGUCAAUCGGCUGCAGCUGGUCAUCGUCAAGACGUACCUGAACGAGAACGGCUUCGCCGCCUCGGGGAAGUGCGACCGCACGUGCAACACGCUCGUCCCCUUCCUCGUCUUCCUCUUCAUCGUCACCCUCAUCACCGCCUGCGCGCAGCCCUCCGCCAUCAUCGUCACGCUCAGGUCGGUGGAUGAACCGGAGAGGCCUUUUGCUCUCGGCAUGCAGUUCGUCCUUCUCAGAACUCUCGCGUACAUCCCGACGCCGAUCUACUUCGGCGCGGUGAUCGACACCACCUGCAUGCUGUGGCAGCAGGACUGCGGCGUGCCCGGCUCGUGCUGGGAGUACGACGUCACCGCCUUCCGCUUCGUCUACUUCGGCCUGGCCGCCAGCCUCAAGUUUGUGGGCUUCGUCUUCAUCUUCCUCACGUGGUACUCCAUCAAGCACAAGGAGGAGCGCUUGGAACGCUGGCGGCCCCGCCUGCUGGGGUUGCCGCCGCCGCCGCCAUUACUGCCGGGCGCCGUCGGCGAGCCGGUCGGCCGCCCCGGGGGCCGCAAGAGCCACGCGCGCACACGCUCCUGUCCCGUCUUCAUCCCGCCGGCGCGGCCCGAGGCCCCCGCCGCCGCGCUGCUGCUGUGCCACGGCGGCCUCAAAGCAAUAACGCCCGGAGGCUCGGCCCACGCCUGAGCCUUCGAGAAGCGCAACGCGGCUCUCCCGCGCCUCUUCGAGGCCUGACUGACACGCCGCCGUCAUGGUGCUAACUCAUGUCACACUCAAAGCACAACGUGUGUUCUAUGCAAGAUCCCACCGGAAAUAAUCCGCAGUUUGUGUCCUUAUUAUUGCGGCGAUGAUUCAUGAUUGUACCAUGUACGGAACGCCGUUCGGAGGCUUGAACAAGCAGACCUUCGUUCGCCCAAGGCACCUACGCUUAAUAACUAGUAACUUGUGACAUUUUCCCAAUGUUUCCUAUGAUAUCACAAUCCAGUGGUACCUGGAGAUACGAGGAUGUGUUCUCAACGGCCAAAGAAAGUUUGGAAAAUUUGUGGUCACGGAACAAAUUGUAUCUCAAGGCACCACUGCAAAGCCCUAAUUGGAUAUAAUUGUUUUUUAUGCCCGCUCGCGGUUAGCACGUCCGCCUCACACUUUCGAGGUUCUGGGUUCGAAGCUCGGCUACCAGGGUGGCAUUUUCUACGUUAGCUAGCUAGCUAGCCAACAAACCUGCUCAAACCUUUUCAGCCCCUAAAAACCUGCAAAAAUAGAUCACAAUAGUAUUGACAUAUUGUACAUAAGCAUAAUGAUAAACACAUUUACUAGUAAUUGGAAAAAAAAAAGAUGUUUUACUACAAAUGGUUGAUAAGUAUUGUUGAAAAUUUUCAAUUGGUCUAUUAAAAGUAGUUUAAAUUUCACUCUGGUGUGACUUAAAAUGUACAUCAAACAACUGUGUGAUGGUCUUGUAAAUAUUGAUUAUAAUUAAGUGCAAAUAGUGUAGAGCGUAGAUGAAGCGUAUUUAUGAACUAACAUUUCAAGACAAAACUACAACAUUGAGUUGUCUCUCGCAGUGCCUGAACAGUAUUAUUGUCAAGUUCGGCCGACAGGAGUACUCUACCCAUAAUGCAGUUCUCUCCUCUCAGUGAACUACCCUUUUUUUUUUUUGUUACAGAUUUGUAAAAGCAGCAGCAACCGGGGCAGAGAGCGAUCAUGAUGACGAUUAUUAUUGUUUUUGCAGUAGAGUAUUCCGAAAAGCUCUUAAGAAUUGCGUCGUCGCUGUUCCUCAGCAGAAAAGUGUCCUGUCCUUGUUCAUUUUUUUGUCUUUGUGGAUGUUUGCUUUCCAAAUGACUUGAAUACAUCGGUGAUAUUUGUCAAUAAAAAGUCAACAAUA